CAGUUGCAUUUUAUAUCCCGCGAUAUUAACACGCAUAAUUAAACUCGACACGAAUCGACGUCAUAACUUAUUAAAAAGUCUUGUUUCGAAAAAUAUUUUUUUUGCACCAAACUGUGAUUUUUUUCUUUGCGUCAUACCAUUUAUCUUAAAAUGAGGCAAAUCCCUGCGAUUAAUUUGAUCGCAUUUUGCGCAUUCGUGUUGUUAUUUGUCGAUAAUAACAGUGUAAUGGUAAAAAGUCACAGUGUGAAAGAUUAUUUCAAAGUUUUUCGCGGACUGUCGCAAAUUAAGAACCUUCGACAUGGAAUUCUUCCAGGUACGCUCUGGUGCGGCCGGGGAAAUAUCGCUCGCGAUGAUUCCGAAUUGGGUGUGUAUAGCGAGCUGGACGCGUGCUGCAGAACGCACGAUCGCUGCGAGGAUUUCAUAAAACCUAAAGCUACGAGAUACGGACUGCACAACAAAUACAUUUGCAGAAGCUCGUUAUGCGAGUGCGAUUUGCAAUUUUACGAUUGUCUGACGCGAGUGCGCGGCCUGUACGCGUCCACCGUGGGAAGGAUAUACUUUAAAAAAUGCAAGCAGUGCUUCCGUACCUACUACGAUCCUCAGGAAUGCGCGAGAGAGGAUAUUCACGAUGUAACCGAGGAGAGUGAUCGCAAAGGCCGUCGCGUUUUCUGCGCCAAGUUCGACGAAAAUCCAAAAUGGGGCCAUCGACACAACGCCACUUCGCCGAGAUCGAUCUACGUCGACGAACUUUUAACCUGGCCUGAUGACGGAGCAGCCGGCCAGCAGCCCGGCUCGCAAUCCUAUUUCGCGAACGAUGGAAAAUAUUUUGCCGGCGAAGACGAGGAUGUGACAGCUGUCGAAGAUCAUUAUUAAUGCAAUUAUUUUCAUAUCUCGCGCUUCACCCAGUUUCGCUAAAAUGACUCGAGAACAGAUAAACAAUUGUGAUCUUAGUCGCAGGAUUAUUUGAAAAUUAUAUCCCAAGUAUCGAAACGUCAAAAUAAAUUUUU